AUGAUUGAAAUCACACCCUCUGUCACUCGCAACAACUCCCAAAAGGCUUUGGAUGAAAACAACACCACUCACACGACAGUUGUGGCCUAUUGUGCUGCCUCCGAAAACAUUCUUGAAACCUAUAAAACACAAGCUUUGAAAUUGGGUGAACUUCUCGCUCAAAACUCCAUUCGUCUUCGUUAUGGAGCUGGCAAUACUGGACUCAUGUUCCGAGUGGCUCAAUCCUGUAUGGAACAUGGAGGCCAUGUCGUUGGAAUUGUUCCUCAAUUUAUGGUCGAUCGGAAUUGGACGAUUGAGAAGAAUUUUGUAUCCGAGUUAAUCAUCACAGAAACCAUGCACGAGAGAAAACAAUUACUCAUUUCGGGAGUUGUGGCUUGUAUUGCACUACCAGGAGGAGUUGGUACUUUGGAAGAAUUAUUAGAGGCCAUCACUUGGAAACAAUUGGGACUCUUUGAUGGAUCCAUUAUUGUAUUGAAUACUAUGAAUUAUUUUGAUCACUUGAUUCAAUUAUUGGGAAGAGCCGAACAGGAUGGAUUUGUUUCGAAAGCUUAUGAAUUAUUUCGAGUUGCUUCUACUCCUGAAGAGGUGAUUGAAAUGAUUCAUGAAGCAGUAAAACUCGAGGAAGAAAGAAAGCAAUGUCGAAUAAGGCUUGAGAAAGAAAAGGAUCCAGGAGUUGAAACUUGUGCCGAAAAGUGUUUAAAAAAGGAGCUUAUAUAA